AUGUCCAACCCAGCGGAGCCCACCUCACAGGAAGCCACGGCGCCAGCGCCAGCAGACUCCACGAUUGCUCCCACGCCUGCUCCUGCCAUUGUCGAUACUGCUAGCCUCGACGUCCCUAUGGCCGAUGCUGGCGAGUCUGCUUCGUCUCCCAUCCCGAUCCCGCAGGCCGCCCCGAGCGCUCCCAGCCCUGCUCCUGGUCGAACCGGUACUCCCAGCCGCAAUGUCAAUGGCGAGGCCAGCUCCCGUGCUGGCUCGGUUCAUCCUGAUGCGAACGCGACGAGCUUCCCCAACCGGGCUGUUGAGCAUGGCGACUCUGCUCGCAUGUACAUCAACAACCACGUCACCGCUGCUCUGCUGGAGGGCAUGAAGAUCAUUAGCAAGAACCAGCCUGCCAAUCCUCUUCAUGUUUUGGGCAACUUCCUUCUCGAGGAGUCUCGUAGAAGAAACGAGCCCUCCACCUGA